AAACCUCCAUAACCAGAAGCUCAAUUCACUGAGUUCUAGAGAGAGAGAGAGAGAGAAAUGUCGAAAGAAGUGAGUGAGGUCGGAGAAACGGUGAGAAGGGAUUAUGUUGAUCCACCGCCGGCACCCCUUAUGGACAUGGCGGAGCUGAAGCUCUGGUCGUUUUACAGAGCACUAAUCGCCGAGUUCGUCGCCACCCUCCUCUUCCUCUACAUCACCGUCGCCACCGUCAUCGGUUACAAGAAUCAAUCUGACCCAUGCGGCGGCGUUGGCCUACUCGGCAUCGCGUGGGCCUUCGGUGGCAUGAUCUUCAUCCUUGUUUACUGCACCGCCGGUAUUUCCGGUGGUCAUAUUAACCCAGCGGUUACAUUCGGACUCUUCUUGGCAAGAAAGGUGUCGCUAAUAAGGGCCGUGGCGUACAUGGUUGCACAAUGUUUGGGUGCGAUCUGUGGUGUGGGUUUGGUGAAGGCCUUCAUGAAAUCACCCUAUAACUCACUGGGUGGUGGUGCCAACUCCAUUGCACCUGGCUACAACAAGGGUACUGCACUUGGUGCUGAGAUUAUUGGCACCUUUGUCCUUGUUUACACUGUCUUCUCUGCCACUGACCCUAAAAGGAGUGCACGUGAUUCUCACGUUCCUGUUUUGGCUCCAUUGCCAAUUGGGUUUGCUGUUUUCAUGGUGCAUUUGGCCACCAUACCCAUUACUGGAACUGGGAUCAACCCAGCUAGGAGCUUUGGUGCUGCUGUUAUUUACAACAAUGAAAAAGUGUGGGAUGACCAAUGGAUCUUUUGGGUGGGACCAUUUGUGGGUGCGUUGGCAGCUGCAGCAUACCACCAGUAUAUAUUGAGGGCUGCAGCCAUCAAGGCGUUGGGUUCAUUCAGAAGCAAUGCUACAAAUUAAUUGAAGGAGAGGGGGAGGGGGAGGGGAAUGAGGAAUGGAAUGUGUAAAAUUAUUUUCUUCAUUUGGUUUGAUGAUGGUUUAUGUAUGAAUUGAGAUUGUGUUUUAAAUAUUUUUAGAUUUGGUUGUGUAUUUAUUAUUGGUUUUUGAUUAGUGAAAAUCGAUUGGUGGUGUUGUUUCUCUA